AUGAAAAUCCAUCUACCUAAUGCAAAGAUAGACAUAACACCAGAACUUGUUCAUGAUUUGCUUGGAAUUCCUCUAGGUGGAAAAGAUAUAUAUAACACUGAUCAAUGUGAAGGAAAAGAUUUAAUGGAUUGGAAGCAACAAUACAAUUUCAAGGCUAUGAGACCAUCAGAUGUUGAAGAGAGAAUUAAAGAAUCAUCAAAUUCAGAGAUUAUUUUCAGAACAAACUUUUUAUUAUUGAUUGUUAAUACCAUAUGUGAACAGAAUAAGCUUGGAACUUGUAAGACAACAAUAUUGCCACAUUCUUUAGGCAAAACACCUAUAAGAGAAAUUGAUCAGUAUGGUUUUAUAACCAAUUGCUAG